CUUGUUUGAAAAAGAUGGUGUACAAAAGUUUAAAGGGCAGCAGAUAUUUGAUCGUGUUGGAUGAUGUAUGGGACACAGAGCUUUGGGAUGAGUUGAUAAGCUCAUUUCCGAUAGGCGAAAAUGGAGGUAAUAUCUUACUGACAACUAGGCUUGAAGAAGUAGCUAAUAAUCUUUGGAGUAGUUUUCGAAUACGCUUCUUGGAUAAGAAAGAAAGUUGGGAUCUUUUUCGUCAGAAGGUGUUUGGUGAAGAAGAGUCGUUCUCUUAUGAACUUGAGAGAGCUGGAAAGAAGAUUGCCGAGAAAUGUGAAGGUCUUCCUCUUACAAUAGUGACAGUUGCUGAUAUUUUAUCAAAAGCUGAAAAGACAGCAAAGUACUGGAGCGAGGUAGCUGCUAAGAAACAAAGCUCGGUUUUCGUGGAUGCAUAUGAUCAAAUGUCAAAGGUACUUUAUCCAAGCUACGACUACUUAGAUCAACAUUUAAAACCAUGUUUUCUCUACUUUGGAGCUUUCCCACAAAAUUAUCCGAUACCUUGGUACCAACUGGUCGACCUGUGGAGUGCUGAAAGAUUCCGUGAUUCAGGGCCAAACCGUUACUCAGACCUGGCCACGACUUUCGCAAGUGGUAGCUAUUGUUAUUUGCUCGAGCUGUUUUCCAAAAAUGUUAUCAUGUACGACGCAAAAGGAUGCGGUUAUCACCUACAUUCGUCCUUUUGGUUCCUGUGCAACAAAGAAGCUAUGAAGAACAAGUUUUUCUAUGACGUAAAUGGCCAUGUCGAUGCUUCACCAGAAGAAGGUAAAACAUACCAGCGCCGAUUGUGCAUUCGCAAUAGUACAUUAUUUGGCACAAAAGAUGUGUACGACUCAAUUGCAUCUGUUUCAACGGUACGCUCUCUCCUAUGUACCGGUCCCUAUCAUCAAUAUCCAGUACCAAUGUCUUUGGAACAUUUGACGUUGUUGAGGGUAUUGGAAGCUCGGAUAAGAUUCUACGAGUUCCCAAUGGAAGUGGUGAAACUAGUUCAACUAAGAUAUUUUGCCUUAGUUUACGAUGGAAACCUCCCUCCUUCCAUAUCCAAACUCUUGAACCUUGAGUACUUGAUUGUUGAUCGAAAUCAUAGCAUCGUAACAUCUACUGGGAAUUCAUCGUAUCUGCCUACUGAGAUAUAGAAUAUGAAAGAAUUGAAAUCUGUUCGAACUUUGGGAAGAGACCUAUCACAUCCAUGUGAAGGAUCUCUCUUACCAAACCUCUUACAACUUAUUGGUGUGAGUCCUCACAGUUGUACCGAAGAUGUUCUUGAAAAAAUCCCUAGUCUUGAGGUUUUAGUGAUCCAAAUUGAA